UUCGCCCUUUUGUGAUGACUGAAAUUCAACGAAUCGAGAGCCAACGCAGGAAGAACAAGCAAUUCUAGGGAGGAGAGGGAGGGGCGGCACUGACAGACACCCAGGAUGUCAGCGUCAAUCCCUGGAAUUCAGCAGCGGAUGGGAAGGUCCUCAUCCACUUCUCUCUCUAAAAUCAUUGGCGAUUCUAUCUCUAAGAUCGAUGGCGAUUCUACAGAGAUGCAGUUGAAGGUGCCUCUCUUAACUACUGAAAUUGACGAGUGCCCACCUCUUCCCAACCUAAGAAGACCGCAGCUUCUGAAUCUUGAAGAACCACCACGAGAGCCGGAACUGGCCGUGGUGGAGUCCACUCAGCUCAAGCUAAGGCGCACAGCUAGUAGAUUAGACUCCGGCAAGCCCCAACAAAGGAGGAGCAGGCUAAAGAACAGCAAGAGCUUGUCGGAGCUCGAGAUUGAUGAGCUUAAGGGGUUCAUGGAUUUAGGGUUCGUUUUCAAUAAGGAGGAUCUGAGCCCACGCACCAUGAGUGUGAUCCCGGGUUUGCAGAGGCUCGGAGAAGAGGAGAAGUACAGAGAGGAGGAGGAGGAGGAGGAGGCUGAAAAUGAACAAGUGAGGAGGCCUUAUCUUUCGGAGGCGUGGUUGAUUAGGAGGCCUGACUCCCCUCUUCUGAAUCUGAGGAUGCCCCCUCCAACUGCUGCAGGCACAGAAAUGAAGAGGCAUCUCAGGUCAUGGGCUCGAACUGUCGCAUCUGUUAUCCAUCAAGAAUCAUAAUGAAAGUAGCAUCUGCCACCCAUUAAGAAUCAUAGUUAGAGCAGCAGUCAUGAAGGUCUUUGUUAUUGCAGAGCAACGUCAAAACUGUUGUCAAAAGAGGGGCUAUUUUUGGUUGCAAAGCAUGAAUAUGACAGUCCUUUUAUUGGGCGAGUUCUUGUGAGAGAGAUUCUGGGCAGGUCACCCUUGACUCUAUCUUGCUUGUAUGGAAGUUUUCCGAAUGAAUGAUUCAAGUUGGGCAUAGAUGGUGAUAGAAGACACGAGGACUAAUGAAGAGAUUUUAGGCAGGGUAGAUAGAGAUGGGUGGGUUUUAAUCUUAGUAUCAUGAACUGCAAAUUGCAAGGCUACUAGAGAAUAAUGUUACCCCAAAUAUGCUCUGCUCAUGUUUGCUAAUGACAUAUUCUGUAAAUUUCUGAAGCUGCAGCCUGUAAAAGAUAACCAAAAAAAAACCAUUCUUUGCCCUAAAGCAGUCAACCCUGAAGUGAACAUGGCCUGGGUGAGGCCUUGAGGAUUUCUCUUACGAUAUACACAAGAAGGAGGGAGUGAGUGAUUGUAAUUCAGUAUGAAAAGCAUGCAUUCUCCAGACAAUCUGCUGCGAAGCACCAACUCAGUCGAUGUCCUCUACAGACAGUGCUGUUAAUGCAACUUCGUUGUA